CAAAUCAAAUAAACAGAGAACAGAACAGAGUACCAACACAAAAGCAAACCAGCCAUGGCUUCCUCUUCCUUCUCCGCCACCGCAACCAUUUCUUCUUCCCAUCACCAAUCCCAAUCCCUUCUCUUCAACAAGCCCUUCACCCACAAUUCCUUCAUCUUCAACAAGAAAUCCCCAUCCCUCCGACGACAUCUCAAACUCCGCGCCUCCCCCUCCGUCGCUCCCGUCGACCAAACCGCCGCAGCUCUCCCUCUCCCGCUCCCGGACUUCGACUUCAACGACUACAUGUUGACCAAGGCCGACCGGGUCAACGCCGCCCUCGACCAAUCCAUCCCGCUCGCCCACCCCAUCAAAAUCCACGAGGCCAUGCGCUACUCCCUCCUCGCCGGCGGCAAGCGCGUCCGCCCCGUCCUCUGCCUCGCCGCCUGCGAGAUGGUCGGCGGCGACGACUCCCUCGCCCUCCCCAUGGCCUGCGCCACCGAGAUGAUCCACACCAUGUCCCUCAUCCACGACGACCUCCCCUGCAUGGACAACGACGACCUCCGCCGCGGCCUCCCCACCAACCACAAGAAGUACGGCGAGGACACCGCCAUCCUCGCCGGCGACGCCCUCCUCUCCUUCUCCUUCGAGCACGUCGCCGUCCGCACCCCGAAGACCGUGUCCUCCGACCGCGUCGUCCGCGCCAUCGCCGAGCUCGGGUCCGCGGUCGGGUCGGCCGGCCUCGUGGCCGGCCAGAUCGUCGACAUCGCCAGCGAGGGCGACGAGGACGUGACGCUCGAGGAUCUGGAGUACAUACACAUCCACAAGACGGCGAGGUUGUUGGAGGCGGCCGUGGUUUGCGGCGCGAUUCUCGGAGGCGCGGAUGACGAGAGCGUGGAGAGGGCGCGUAGGUACUCGCGGUGCGUGGGGCUGUUGUUUCAGGUGGUGGACGAUAUCUUGGACGUGACGAAGUCGUCGGAGGAGUUGGGGAAGACGGCGGGGAAGGAUCUGGCGAGUGAUAAGGCGACGUAUCCGAAGCUGUUGGGGCUGGAGGGUGCGAGGAGGUUUGCGGCGGAGCUGGUCGAUCGGGCCAACGGGGAGUUGGCCGGGUUUGAUCCGGCGAAGGCGGCUCCUCUCUAUCAUUUUGCUAAUUACAUUGCUACCAGACAGAAUUAGUUGAUUAAUUAAUUAAUACAGAGAGUUCUUGUUUUUCGUUAAUCUGUCGACUGAUCGAUGCGAUCAUUUUUCUUUUUAAUUACGGAUGGACUAGCUUUAAUUUGUUUUUUUUAUUUUUUGUUCUUUUGGUAUGUUGUAUACUCCGACAUGAGUUUUGGCUGUUUUCAUAAUUAGAUGACAGAGAUAAUGUACUAUUUCGUGAGAAUAAACUGUUGAUAGAUUG